AUGUACACCUCCAUUAAGCAGUUCCUCGAACAGAAGGGCCAAGUAGUCCGUCUGCUCGAAAGCCAUGACCGAUUCUCUACUGAGUUGAUUCGCGAUACUGUAAGCGAAACCGGCCAGGCCUUCCAAGGCGUAUGGAUCAGCGGCCUCACUCAAACCACUCACCUUGGUAUCCCUGAUACGGAGAUUAUCUCGCCCCUCCACCGUGCCAUCCUGGAGGCUGCAAAUAUCAAGCUACACAAUAAAGGACGUUCUCUAUGUGCUGCCUUUGACGCUGAUAGCGGUGGUAAUAUUGCAGACAUUCCCGCGUUAGUUGCAGUGCUGACAACCAUCGGCGUCUCAAUGGUCAUCAUUGAAGACAAAACUUUGGAAGCACCUGGGAAAAAGGUCAAUUCUCUUCUCAAAGCAACUGGCUCUCAAGAUCAGGCGGAUCCGCAUGAAUUCGCGAAAGUGAUUCAGGCAUUCAAAUCUGCCACGCGCGGUAGGGAUUUGCUGGUCACUGCAAGAAUAGAAUCCUUCAAUGUCCGUAUUGUUAAGGAUGACGCCACGGAAGAGAAAGCAUCUGUACAGUUGUCACUUCAGGAUGCAUUAACACGUGCUGCCAUAUAUACCGAGGCAGGGGCCGACGCGAUCAUGAUUCACAGCAAAAGCCCCAGUCCUUCUGAGGUUCUGGAGUUUUUGAAACAGUUCCGCAAAGGCGAUCCGACCACUCCCCUGGUAGUGGUGCCGACUACAUAUUCCAGCACACCGCGAGCUACUUUGGUCGAUGCUGGAGCCAAUGUCAUCAUAUACGCCAACCAUUUGAUGAGAGCUAAGAUAAGAGCAGUUCAGAAUGUUUCAGAUCAUUUGUUGGCAAGUAUUCAUGGGCUUUUUGCAAAUGAUGAAAAUGCAAGAGCCUCUCUUAAAGCCCAGAAUUACAGUUACCUUCUACAAACUUUACUUGAGAGGGAUGACUGGGCUAAUGAGAAGAGCCAAGAAGAAAAACAGUACUUGAUCAUUGCCCAAAAGCGUGCUAUUGAAAAUAUGGGGGCUGCGGUUAGAGAACUGGCUUUUGGCGAAAAGUCCGGUUGUGAGGCAGAUGAGCGAAUCAUUCCUGUGAAAGCGCUGUUACAAAUCAACGCUCUUCAGCUAGCUAUAGUCUAG